AUGAACAACCCAAGUUUAGGCUGGGAAAGACUUGAUACAGUCUUUUAUAGGCUGAGAGAAUGCUAUUCCCCUCUUCAAUGGGAUAUUGAGCUUGAUGAACAGCCUGUAGCGAUCUCCAAUUCUGCAGCUGCAAUUGCAGUGUUCAACAGUCAUUCUUCGCAUACAUCCAUAGAUAUCUUCUCUGGAUCUGGAGUAUUGCUCAAUUCCAUUCCGUGGCUACUUUCCAAUGGUCAAAUUGUUUCAAUGAGCUGGACAGACAACGAAGAACUGCUGGUUGUUCUUCAGAACGGUACUAUUCGAAAGUUCUCAGACCUGACCAGUGAGUUUGAUGAGUUUGGACUUAAUCUUCCUGAGGACUCGAUAGUGCAAGAGGCCAAAUUUUUCCAGGAUGGUAUUGUUGUACUUACAAAUGAAAAGAAAUUUGUAUUUUUCAGCUCUUUCAGUCAAGUACCCAGGCAUUUCACUCUUAACGUAGAUUCCAUAGACUGCUGGAAUAUCCUCUACUCGGAUCGGGUAUUACAACUGUUUGUUUCUUCCAACAAAUCAAUUCACAUAAGCACACUGACGACAGAAACAUCAGUAAAAUUUGGGCAGGUUAUUACUGGAAUCGAGUUUCCUCCUAAUGGUUCGUUUGCAUCUCUUUUGACCCCAGAUAACUUAAUCAUAGCAACGUCUGACUUGGAGAACUUAUUGUCAGAGUUUUCACACAAUUUUAAACACAUUCGUUCCAUGCAGUGGUGUAGUAAUGAUGCUGUGGUCCUAGCUACUAAUGACGAGCUGCAGGUAAUUGGUCCAGGUGAUGAUUCCAUUUCUUUUUACUAUGAAAACAGGCCAUUCAUAAGGUCACAGAAUGAUGGCUUAACUGUACUUACUCAAUCCAAGCUGGAGUUUCUAUCUAGAGUUGCAAAUUUCACUGAAGAAACUUUCAGAAUUGGUUCCACUAAGGCAAGUGCAAUUUUACUAGAUUCCAUUGAUCAAUUGGAUAGACAUUCCCCAAAAGCUGAUGAAAACUUGAGAAUAGUGAAACCAAAUUUGGUGGAAGCAGUCGAUAAUUGCAUUCGUUCAGCAAGUGAAGAGUUUGAUCCGCAAUGGCAAAAGAAACUGUUACGAGCUGCCAGUUUUGGUAAGAGUAUCUUGGAUUUCUAUAGUAGUGAAGAGUUUGUUGAGAUUUGCAACAAUUUGAGAGUUCUUAAUGCUGUUCGGCAACCUGAGGUAGGCAUGUUUAUCACAUAUGCUCAGUUGCUGAAUUAUGGACACCAAGGGCUAAUUCAAUCUUUGAUCAGAAGGCGCUUGUUUUUAUUGGCUUCUAAGAUCUGCAAAUUCCUUUCUUCUUUUCCAGAUAACAUAUACUUUGCUUGGGCCAAGUUAAAGAUAAAGAGUUCAUACAAUACUAAUGACAAAGAAUUAAGCGAGAUAAUUCUUGACAAGUUAGCUGAGACUAAAAGGGUCUCUUAUACUGGGUUAAGCGAGGUUGCUUACAACGAAGGGAGAGUCGAACUGGCACAUUUGUUACUAGAUCAUGAACCUGUCCUUGAGAAUCAGGUGCCUCUUUUGUUGCAAAUGGGUCAGGACAAAAAUGCUUUGUUAAAGUCUGAACAAAGUGGCAAUGUGGAUUUGAUAUGUUCGGUUCUACUACGUCUGUAUUACAAGUUUUCCCUGUCACAAUUUUUCAUACUUUUAUCAGACUCAACUGAUGUAAGCAUUGGUAUUUUUAAAGAUAUAAUUGGAUCCGUGAAACCUGAUUUACUAUUAGAGUAUUACUAUCAGGAUGAUCAACUGAUUAAGAUAGCCGAAUCGAACUUGUUACAGGAUUCAACUUAUUCCUUAGAUGCGGAAACCAAGCGAAAUCGAUUAUUGGAGCUGCUGAAAGCAUAUGAAGGCAAAAAAUUUUAUGAAAAUGAUGUCCCGAUCAUAGAAUCUCACUUGAAGCUACUCAAUUAUCAAGAAACUUUGACUAACAAGUUUAACCACUCUUUUGUUGCCUUUUCGAAGAUUGAAACUAUUUCUGAGUUGGCCAGGUUGGAUGAUGAAAAGCUAACUGAAACGCAAAAGUAUGCCUAUCAAUUUGGAAUUAGCUCGACACAGCUUUACCACAGUGUUGUAAAGUCGUUGGCCAAAUCACACCAAUGGGAUAAACUCUUCCAGUUUGCCAAAUCGAAAAAAUCUCCUGUGGGGUACGAGUUGUUUUUCAGGGAAUGUUACCUCCAAAACGAAAAAAGGCAGGCUGGACUUUACAUUGGAAUGUGCAAAGAACUUACUUACAAAGCCAGGGCCGAUCUUUACUUAAAGAUUGGUGAAUACAGACUGGCAGCAGAUGAAGCUUCCAAGAAGAAAGAUAUUGACCUACUACAGUUGGUGAAGGAUACGGCUGGGUCUACGAAUGUUGGCAUUACGAGACUAAUCGAAGAUUAUGUAACCAGAAUAGGAUAG